AUGGUUGGCAGACUUGAAGGCAAGAAUGCCAUCAUCACUGGCGCGGCUGGAGGCAUUGGCCUCGAAACCACAAUUCUCUUCCUCCGCGAGGGCGCAUCGGUCCUGAUGACAGACAUCAGCGACGAGGGUCUCACCAAAGCCCUUGAUAAAGUCAAUAAUAUCCUCCCCGCCUCAUCCCGCACCGGAAAGGUCGAGACCAAGGCCGUCGACGUCUCCAACGAAUCCCAGAUCGAAGCUGCAGUGGCACACCUGGACUCCUGGGGUGGACUUGAUGUCAUCUUCAAUAAUGCCGGUAUCAUGCAUCCCAAAGAUGGCGACUCGGAGGAAUGUCCCGAAGAGAUCUGGGACCGAACAAUGAAUAUCAACGUGAAGGGUGUUUGGUUUGGCUCAAAGCAUGCUGUGCGUGCUUUCAGAAAGCAUGGCAAAAAGCGCGCUAGCGUGAUCAACACUGCUUCGAUGGUGGCGUUGGUUGGAGCUGCUACCCCACAGUUGGCAUACACUGCCAGUAAAGGUGCUGUCCUUGCCAUGACAAGGGAGCUGGCAAUUGUCCAUGCCCGAGAGGGAUUCCGAUUCAACUCUCUUUGCCCCGCGCCUCUUAACACACCCCUGCUGCAGGAUUGGCUUGGUGACGAUAAGGAGAAGCGGUUCCGUCGUGAGGUCCAUUUCCCUUCUGGCCGCUUUGGAGAGGCUAUCGAGCAAGCCCAUGCUGUGGUGUUCCUUGCUAGCGACGAGAGCAGCUUCGUCAAUGCGACCGACUUCGUCGUUGAUGGUGGCUUGACAAAGGCUUAUGUGACACCCGAGGGCCCAGCGACGGAGGCACCGAAGAACCAAGCAGCAUAA